AUGGGUAAUACAGUACUAAAUUAUUUUGUCUUUCGCCCACAUCCACCGAGUUAUGCAAAAAACAAUGCAAAUUUACAUUUUAUUAAAACAAAACAUGGAAGUGUUAUAUGCGGUUUUUAUUUAAACAAUAAUGCAGAUAUAACAAUAUUGUUUAGUCAUGGAAAUGCAGAAGAUAUAGGUGACAAUGUAGACUAUUAUAAUAACUAUUCUAAGUCUAUAAAAGUAAAUAUGUUUAUCUAUGACUAUAGUGGGUAUGGUCAUAGUACAGGGUAUCCUAGUGAAGAGCAUGUAUAUAAUGAUGUAGAAGCGGUAUAUGAUCAUAUGACUAACUCAUUAUCUAUCCCACCAGGAAGCAUAAUAGCAUAUGGUAGAAGUUUAGGCUCUACAGCCUCUGUACAUAUUGCUACAAAAAAAAAAAUAAAGGGUUUAAUACUUCAAUGUCCAAUAGCAUCAAUACACCGAGUGAAAUUUCGAUUAAAAUACACAUUACCCUAUGAUUUUUUUUGUAAUAUAGAUAAAAUAUCUACUAUUGAAUGCCCUAUUUUAUUUAUACAUGGUACGAAUGAUACAUUGAUACCAUAUCAUGGAACAGUGGACAUGAUUAUGAGAACAAAAGUAAAUACAUAUUAUGCGCUUAUUGAAGGAGCUGGCCAUAAUAAUUUAGAAAGCUGUUAUUUUAAGCAAUUAAAUACAUCGAUAGUUGCAUUUAUUUAUAUUUUGAAAGCUAAUAUACGCGAGAGCGUAAGAGCUUCAUAUGACAUCACAAAAUUAAAUCUUCACGAAUUAAGGAAAAAAUAUAUAUUAAGUAAAGAUCCUGCUCAAAUGAAAUUAAAAGGUAUUAUGAAUAAAAUUCAAAAAUCCAAUCAUGAAAUAAAAUCUGAAAACAAACGUGAUCCAUCAUUAUGUCGAAUAAAUCUAAACCCAUCUCAAGCGUCAGAUAGCGAACAUAAUGAUAAUAUAUUUAAAAAAUACCAAGAAAGUAGCAUCGAGACCAAAUCUUAUCCAUCUGUGACAAGUAUCAGUACUAUAUUUGACACAGAUGGAUCGACAACUGGAGGAAUUCCGGAUAAAACAUUUAGUGAAAAUAACAAUAAUAUGAGUCUUGAAAAUAUUUCAGGAUAUUUGUAUAAUAAUAUACCCAUCAAAAAUUUGUAUAAAAAUAGAAGAUGGGAAGAAAAUAUUAUUAAGAAUUCUAAUAGAAAUAAUAAACUGGAAAUUGAUAAAAAUGAAAUCAAGGAAGGAUAUCGUAAUUACUUAUAUGGAAAAUGUGAUACUGAUGUAAAAAAUUUCAAUAAUAACAAUUCGUAUAAAUGUACUAAAUUGGGAAGUCUAAACCAAAAUACAAAAGACAGAAACUUUAUAGGUGGAAGUAACACUAGUAAAAGUGGAAGUAACACUAGUAAAAGUGGAAGUAACACUAGUAAAAGUGGAAGUGACACUAGCAAAAUUGGAAGUAACACUAGCAAAAUUGGAAGUAACACUAGCAAAAUUGGAAGUAACACUAGCAAAAUUGGAAGUAACACUAGCAAAAUUGGAAGUAACACUAGUAAAAUUGGAAGUAACACUAGUAAAAUUGAAAGUAACACUAGUAAAAUUGGAAGUCAAAUCAAAAGCGAUAAUGGUAAAAAUAAAAUAAUUUAUGAUACUUCUGGCAAAUUAGACGGAAAUAGCAAUACUAUUGCAUCGAAAAAAGGGGAGAAAAAUGGAAGUUCCAGUUACAUAUAUAAUCCAAAGAAAAACAUAAAUACAAAGAGUAAUUUAAAAAGUGAUAAUAAACAAGGUUUAGAAAAAUUGCUCUCAAAUGGAGCAAGUGGUAGUAUGAGUUCUACAAAAAGAGAAGAAUUAUCAAGCAGAGAAGGAAUAGCAAAUUUUUGUAAUAUAAAAAGUGAAUCAAAUAUAAGUAGUAAUGUGUCUGCAACUAGCGAUAAGAAAAUCGUCGCUAAGAAAGGAAAUAAAAGUAGAAAUAAUAGUCACGAAAGGGGUGGUAGCAAUUCCAGCGGUAAUAUUAGUGGAAAUGAUGCAGUGAAGAGUGAUGCUUCUAAAUGUUAUUUGAAUGAUAAGGUGGGUAAUAAUAAAAUUGAAAUAAAUAAAUUGAAGGGAAAAAUUCAAGUAAAUAAUAAUAACAUUAGUAAGUAUUAUGAAACUUCAAAUAGUGAAACAAACUUUUUUGAUAUUCCUCAAGAAAAUAAUGCUUUGGAAUCCUCAAAUUAA